AUGCACUCAUUCAAGGCCAGACACUCCAGGUCGUCAGAUACCUCGACUUUGCCUCUCAGCAAUUCUGACACCAGGUCGCUUCCGUCGCGAUUUUCACUGACAAGGCGCUGUUCACGUCUUUUAGUGGGACUAAUCAAGAGCACUCAUUACCGCCGCUUGUACGAAGAAUACCAUGAGUAUGAACGACGCUUGCCGCAGCAUAAUCUUUCAUUGCCUUUCCCAGAGGGGCGUGAUGCGAAGUUCUUUUGGGCUGCCAACCAUGUCAUCAAUUCGGGAUGGGGAAAUGUCAUGCAAGAGCUGGUGAUGAAUGCGGCGCUGGCGCAUACGACUAGAAGAUCCUUCGUGUUCGAUAAUUUCACAUGGGAACAAGAUGCUAUCGAUUACGCAACUUAUAAUGGUAAACUCAUACCUGCGCGUAUACCCUUGUCAGCUAUCAUCGGUGGCCCCAUAAUAGGGUCGUCGUUCCCGCCCGGGGACCCUGCCCCUCGUGCCGUCUCACAGGAGUAUUUCAAGAAAGUAUGCCCGAAUCCUACGAUCAUCGACAGCUGGGAAGUGAACGAGCAUCUUAGGCUGAACGCUAAUGUACCUGCCCUGGAAAUGUUUGAGAAAUGGGUGGAGAAAUUGAACUCCAUAGACGACCCAUGUAUUGAGAUGAAACGGGAAUCGUUCCAACUGUUUGAGAUUUGGCUAUUUGGUUCGAAACGCAUACUUUCAAUCUGGCCUAUCCUUUCCAAGUCGCCCGUCCUCACAGACUUUUCGUGGUCUCCACUUGUUAUUCGGGCAUACACAGAGAAUGCUGCUUUGUUUGCGCAGACUUCUUCCUCGUUCCGAUUUUUUCCUUCGUUUAUGAGUCCUUCCGAUCAACUGCCAAAUCCUACGACACUACACGACGUCCGUCCUAUCCUAAAAGCAAAGGAGAUAGAUCCUAUACGCGGGCUACUGGCUCUUCACAUUCGCCGAGGCGACUUCGAUGGUCAUUGUACACAUCUUGCCAAAUGGUCCUCAGAUUGGAACGGGUUCAACAAGUUCGCUGCCCUCCCUGAUAAGUUCAAAGUCCCUACCGACGGUGGUUGGGGCGAAACCACGGAGGCGAACGUGAACAUGUACCUCGAAUCGUGUUUGCCAACUAUUGAGCAGAUUGUCGAGAAGGUCCAGAACGUGCUUGCUGAUCAAAGGCGCAUGUAUGGUUCCGCAAAGGAGUUGAAAAGGGUAUACAUUAUGACGAACGCGGAAGCGGAGUGGUUGCAACACUUCAAGGAGGCCCUCAUGCAGGUGAAGAAAUGGGAUGCUAUUGUCACCAGCAAGGAUUUGAAGUUGAGCUGGGAGGCAAAGCCUGUCGCACAGGCCGUGGACAUGCUGAUCGGUCAGCGUGCUCAGGUAUUUAUAGGUAACGGGUUUUCCAGCCUAACAUCCAACAUAGUGAUGUUACGCAUGCUGAGGGACCUCGCCCCCGAAGAUACUCGAUUCUGGGGAUAGUUUCCCGUUUCUUGCAGAGUAAUUUUGUAGCUCUGCGCACAAGUCACUGACGGCUUCACGCAGCCUUGGGGGUCGCAUCGCGAACGUCCCGGAGUCGGAAUACACGGAGUAUCGCAUCUCUUUGUCUGGCUUCCCCACAUCGCUACCAACUCUUUCACUG